AUGGAUCCGAGUCUUCGAGUUAAUGGAGAACUCAUCACUGCUUAUCCGCAGGUAGUUGUGGUUCGUGUGCCAACACCAUGGGUCCAGAGUGACAGUGACAUUACGGUUCUUCGUCAUCUAGAGAAGAUGGGCUGCCGGCUGAUGAACCGUCCUCAAGCCAUACUCAAUUGUGUCAACAAGUUUUGGACAUUUCAAGAACUGGCUGGCCAUGGUGUACCUCUUCCUGACACUUUCUCCUAUGGCGGUCAUGAACAUUUUGCCAAAAUGAUUGAUGAAGCAGAAGUUUUGGAGUUCCCAAUGGUUGUGAAGAACACUCGUGGUCAUAGAGGCAAAGCUGUAUUUCUAGCAAGAGACAAGCACCACUUGGCAGACCUGAGCCACCUAAUCCGUCACGAGGCUCCUUACCUAUUCCAAAAGUACAUCCAGGAGUCCCACGGCAAGGAUGUCCGUGUCAUUGUAGUGGGAGGCCGUGUAGUGGGUACAAUGCUGCGUUGCUCAACAGACGGUAGAAUGCAAAGCAAUUGCUCGCUUGGUGGCAUCGGGAUGAUGUGCUCGCUGAGUGAACAAGGCAAGCAGCUGGCUGUCCAGGUGUCUAACAUCCUGGGGAUGGAUGUGUGCGGCAUCGACCUCCUCAUGAAGGAUGAUGGCUCGUUCUACGUCUGCGAGGCCAACGCAAAUGUAGGUUUCAUUGCCUUUGACAAGGCUUGUAAUCUAGACGUAGCUGGUAUCAUAGCGGACUAUGCCACUUCCCUCCUCCCCCCCGGUCGCUUGACGCGACGUAUGUCCUUGCUCUCUGUGGUGUCCACGGCUAGCGAGACUAGCGAGCCAGAGCUGGGCCCUCCAGCUAGCGCCACCGUCGAUAACAUGAGCGCUAGCUCCAGCUCUGUCGACAGCGACCCUGAAACCACAGAGAGAGAGUUGCUCCCCAAGCUCCCGGAGGGUCUGUUCAACAUGAACCAGCUAAUAGCCAAUGAGAUUAAGCUCCUGGUGGAGUGACGCCACAAGUGUGUGUGUGUGUGUAUAUAUAUAUAUGACCAACUUUCUUGUACAUUUUUUUUAAAACAACCAACUUGUAGUGCUGUUUAUCGGAAGCGACUCAUGGAGGUCAGGGGAGAGGUUUAGCCUGGGGAUGAAGAUCAAAACACGCAUGUUCUGAGAAUGCUGCUGCUUUUGCUGCUUACUAAACUUGCGGGACAUAACUUUUAGUUUAUAUUUCUGGUGGCCAACUGCCAUACCCAGUUUAAAAGCCUGUAUUUGUGGGGGGGGGUGGUUUAAAAAAACCCCUUCUGUUUCCUUAGGGGCACCACUAUGACCUUAACACCCACUGCAGAGCAUGUUUGUUCAUGGGGUACAGUUUCAGCUUGGUAAUGGGCUAUUGGGGUUUGACGGUUGAGCUCUCCAGAGGCACCUGUGAACCAACGUGUCUGCAAGUCAUUCGCUCACCGUGUUGGAGCUCAGCCCUAAUAGGUCACUGUAUGUCCCUUGCUGGAUGUUCCGUAGUCAUUGGGAGUGGGGUUGGGGCAGCUUGUUUUCCUCCAAAGGCACAAAAGACUGCCUUUCCCACACUUAGUCCAGAUGGAUCUUGUAGGCUCCUAUUUGUGCCACGCAGCCCACAUCAGCCCCCCCGGGGGGGGGGGGGUUCCAUCCAUUCAGGCACUUUAGUCGGGUCUAGCAUUUUAUCGGUUCAACAUGAGCUUUUGAAGCAAACCUGCGACUUCUGCAAUUUCAGUAUUAAUAAGCAGGUUUGUUCCAUACUUGUUCAUAUUUUUUUAAAAAAACUAAAAGCUUCCUUGAGGAGAAAGGAUUUUAGUAUAUGGGUGUGGGUGGGUUUAAAAAUAAUGUUAAUUCCAGGGUGGGGCGGGAGUGGGGGAAAAGAAAAGACGUGUAAAAAUUUCAUCUGUGCUUAUUGAUGGCAGAAAUGGCUCGUUUCCCUCUUGCACGGAAGGCAAAGAUAAACAGCACUGUUCAUGUUUGGUGUACAAAAUAAUGUUUAAUCCAAUGUGAAAAAAUAAUUACACUAGUUUAAAACGAAUGUGCAUUGACUUGUAUUUGUUAGUGUUUUAGUCCUUUUUGCAAGAUAUAUGCUAUGUUACUGUUACAUUUCUAAUACAUGCUCAUCCGACACUCCCUUCUCCACGCCUGCAUCUUUAACAGUGGCCAAGCAGACCCUGCGCUAUUUAAUGAUAACAAUAAAAAUCUAGACAUCUCUACAUCUUUAUUUUUUUAAUCGUUACCCAGAAAAACUUGGGAGGGGUGUGGAGGAGGGUUCAGGUGUUUGCAAAUUUCACAACUGCUUUGGAGUAACCGUAACCUGUUACUGCUGUUUGUAUUAACUCACCUUGAAAGAAAACAUUAAAAUCCUAAACUAGCCUGACUUCUGAAGAGCGAGAGAGGCUGAAUUUCAUUUCAGGAAACCAUGCAGGACACUUUUCUUCCAUUAAGGCCCAGCCAGAAUGGGAAUAUGAUCUAAGGCCUCAAAGGAAUAUGUGGAUCUCAGGCUGUUAUGUAUGUGUGUGUAUUUUGCUUUGUUUUGUUAUUAGUUUUUUGUUUUGUUUUUUGGUCCAUUUGGUUCGUCACUGUUUUCCAGAAUGCCUGGUGAUCUUUUCUCCCAACUUGGAAAUUUCUGGCUGUGCAUUUUCUUAUUAAAUUUGAUAAAAGAACAGAAACAGCAGCUGCGGGUCUCUAUUAAUAGCCACACUUUCCUCCUCCUCCUCACCCACUUCUCAUUUAUGUAUUUUGCUUGGGGUACAUAUAGAAGAGCCUCUUGUUUAAAACACACACAUGGUCACACAGUAAAACAUUUGCCAUGGAAAGAUGGUUUCUGGCGGGUGGGCCCCGCGUGUGUGCAGCGCUGCUUUUAUUUGGAUGCUUCAAGGGAGCAGUUUCCCUUUGCCCUCCGAGCUCCACCCCUCUGGCUCAUCCUCUUCACUUGGCUGCUUACGGGCAUUCGGACCUUUAAUACACACCACUUGUGGACGCUGUACAGAGAAACGACAGGAGGCACUAAACAGAACAGUGUUCAGCCGCUUUCGUGGAGGUCGUCUCAUCCUAUUUGUACAGUUUUUUCUUUUUGUUUAAAAAAAUGUAAUGACUUUUUGUAGAAUUAAAUAUUAUUAUUAAAAUCAUGUGGAAGGUUGACUGUUGGCAUUAGAUGAUGAAGCAAACAGCCUUAGAGUGCCCAUGUUGAAACAAAAGAAACUCCGGUCUACCUUGAAAUUUUUAAAAAAUCAGACAUGCUAUACAAACUGUAACCCUUAUCAGUGCCUAGGCUGAGAGAGUUGUUCAUUUGUGGAGGGUUUUCAACACUCAAAUGUAUGUGUGUCUCCUAACAUGCAAGUUCCUCUGAAAAUCUAGUUGGGUCAUAUUUUCUUCUUGCUUUAAAACUUUUAGAGAGCAAUCCUAAUCAGAUUUCCUCAGAAUCCUACUUACGUCUGUCCAGUGGAGCUUACCCCCAGGAAAGCAUUCUUAGGGUUGCACCGUCAGUGUCUUUCAGGAAUAUGAGGAAGGGAUUUGCCCUCUGUUAGCUGACAAAACAUAGAGAUAUGUGCACCACUCGAAGAAAGCAAGCAGAGCAAGCCAGGGAAGCAGAUGGUAGCUCCUGGAUGAUUCUGAUAUGGGCCAUAUUGAGUUCCUACGUUGGUUUUCACAGCUCUCACAUUCCUCAGUUUCUUAGAUCCAUUUCACAGCAAUGUAACUGAAGGUGAAUGAAUCACAUGCGACAUUCUCAAGCACACAGAGAGAAGACGUGAAGGGCUUUUAGACUUGGGUUUGUCUACUUGUCAUGGGUAGCUUGUUGCUUGCACUGUAAGCCUCACUUGGUAUAGUCCAAAGCUGAUGUUGGUUACUAAACCUCACUGCAAGUCUCCUGUCUAAAGAAACAAGGCUUAUAGAACCCUCCUCUCCUUGCCUGCCCAUGGUAGCUGCUUCAGGAAAACACCUAGAGUGGGGAAGAUGAGUAAGUUGUUAAAAGAAAAAUCUAAUUGCCUACCAUAGGUAAAGAACAUUGCUUGUGCUGACCAGGGUAUAGUUCCAGACAGGCUAGUGUUACAUGUCACACGAGUACUGCCUUCAUGUUGGUAACAUUAAGAGCACCCACAUUGCUGCUAAGCAUUUGACAACUGAUGCUGAAAUGAGGCAUUAGUGCAAUAGAAACAGAGGCAGAGACUGCCACAUGCUCUUAAAACGGAAGCAAAACAGCAGAAGGUGGGAGGAAAAUCAUUAUAUGUUGAAUCUCUUCACAGACAAACUCUGAAAAUAAAAUUGUUAUUUCUAUUGUAUUGACUUUUUGCAGCUUUGUGUAUAUUCACAUUUUUAUCAGUUUAAUGUUUUGUUACCUUUUAUAAAUCAUUCUGUGAUAUUCUGGA